GCUCACUCAUCACGCGCUCAUGGACCAUCUCAAGGUCUGACCUUCGAGAGGAUGGGAAGCGCAGUCAACACGAUUUUCAACGUCCAGCGAGCGUGGAGCGGAUCUCACCUGAGCUUCAGGCCACCUCGACGCUCCACAAAGCACCCCGCGGGCACCGAACACCCACAGACGAGAACGAGCCCCCGUGGGACGCCCCACAGUACCCACCCCGGUGGGUGUCACCCCGCCGGUAUAGUAUGAGCAGCUUUGAUGCCGUUUCCCCUGAUCUUCAACACCUGAAGAGUCCUGCGCCUCCUCUCCCGUCCCUAAGCCACUGCCAGGAGGACUCCAGGUCACCAGAUUCCUACAUCCUUCACCGUCAGCCUUCCUUCGACUCCCCUCCUGUGCCUCAGCGGCGCCGCCUGCUCCCAGACCUGCCACAGGAACACGUCUGCGAAGAGAGGCCCUCAACGCUGCCCCGUAAACACCGACAAGCCCACGAUCAUAACCCGGCCGACAAUUCCCGCCUGUCCCCCAGCCUGGCUCACGACCCAGCAAGGUUCCACUCCAUGCCUCGCUCACGGGUCCACUCUCCCAGCAGGGCGGGGCGAGAACGCUCCCAGCCCUCCCGCCGCCCACACUCCCCCGCAAUGCCACUAACUGAAAAUCUGGGCGGCUACAUCAGCUCAGGGCCCAUCACCAGCACACCAAUUACCCAUGAUCCCGCCUUCAUCCACCACAGGCGAAGUACCUCCCAACCCAUGGCCGCCCCCAGGGAGCACCCACGCCCUCAUGCUAGCGGCAGACCACCUGACCAGGGCACGCCCACUUCACAAGUGCGCCGCUCACCCCAGACGUCUGGCCAGGGAGUGACGCGGAUAAUAGAGAUAGAGGUGGAGCAGGAGGACGGGUCCUUCACGUCCAGCCGUGGUCCAGCCUCCAGGACAAGCUCAGCCCUCAGUGCCUCCUCCCGCUGCACCUCCGACAACAGUGAUUAUGAUGGAGACGCCGCUACUGCAUUCGGCAAGAUGCCUCCAUCUCGCUCGCGUCAGGCAGCUUCCCCGCCUGUAGCCCGUCCACGCCAGAGUGCGUCCCCGCCCUCAGCACGGACACACCCCGCCUCGUCCCCGCCCAUGCUACACCCACACCAGGCAACAUCGCCACCAACGAUACGCACACAAAAGGCUGCAUCGCCAUCGGGGUCAAACCCAAGCCGCGCCUCGUCCUCGCCGGCGUUACAGCCACUCCAGGUGCUGGUACCAUCGGCGUCACACCCACCUUGGUACUCGGCCUCACCUCCCAUGCAGCACCCACGUCUGACAGCCGCCCCAUCUCCCUCACACCCAUGCCAAGGAACCUCGCCGCCGGCAGCACACCAUCGCCAGAGUGGCUCGCCCGCUACGGGCCUCCCACGCCAGUUCCCGCCCAUGGCACACCCACGGCUGCCUCCCAACACGCCUCCACUUCUCACUUCAGGUAGGUUCUGAUCAUUGUUUGUGGUA